AUAUGCAAAAUAAUAUUAAAAACAAAAACAAAACAAAAAGCAAACGAAAACAAGUCGCGUCACACGUUGCAGUUUUAUUGGCUUUGGCCCAGUGAAAGCCAAGCGCGUCCUGAUUAUCCCGAUCGAUUUGCUAUGUUCAGGGCCAGAUCACUCCUCCCCUGGAUACGAAGCACUCUGAAAACAACGCAGAAACUUCAGGCGGAUACGUCAAAAUUUGUCGGACGGAGGCUGGAAUUCCUAGAGCGAACUUACCCAACUCUUAGCGGUCAGGACUACAGAGGCAUGGCCACCGGAGGAGAAGCAUCCAAGGAACAGUCACCCAAGCAAGCCAAUCGAUUAAUCUCCUCCAAGUCGCCGUAUCUACUGCAACAUGCCUACAAUCCAGUGGAUUGGUAUCCUUGGAGCGAGGAAGCAUUCGAGAAGGCUCGAAGUGAAAACAAGCUGAUCUUUCUGUCCGUAGGCUACUCCACUUGCCACUGGUGCCAUGUCAUGGAGCACGAAUCCUUCGAGAGUUCCGAAACGGCAGCCAUUAUGAACAAGUACUUUGUGAACAUCAAGGUAGAUCGGGAGGAGCGUCCGGACAUCGACAAAGUCUACAUGCAGUUCCUUCUGAUGUCCAAGGGCAGUGGUGGCUGGCCUAUGAGCGUUUGGCUAACCCCAGACUUGGCUCCUUUGGUGGCAGGGACAUAUUUCCCACCGAAAUCCCGUUAUGGAAUGCCCUCCUUUGGCGCUGUGCUGGAAUCCAUUGCCGAGAAAUGGAGAACCGAUAAGGAAUCCCUAAUGCAGGCGGGUUCCACUUUGUUGAGCGCACUGCAAAAGAACCAGAAUGCCUCGGCUGUGGCUGAAGCAGCCUUCGAGCCGGGAAGUGCCGAGGCCAAGUUAUCCGAAGCCAUCAACGUCCAUAAGCAGCGAUUUGAUCAGACCCAUGGUGGAUUCGGUUCCGAGCCCAAGUUCCCGGAGGUUCCACGUCUCAAUUUCCUAUUCCAUGGCUAUCUCGUUACCAAGGAUGUGGAUGUGCUGGACAUGGUGCUGCAGACACUGGAUCACAUCGGCCGAGGUGGCAUCAAUGACCAUAUAUUCGGCGGCUUUGCUCGCUACGCAACCACUAAGGAUUGGCAGAACGUUCACUUUGAAAAGAUGCUCUAUGACCAAGGUCAGCUGAUGGCGGCCUUUGCGAAUGCCUACAAGCUGACCAGGAGCGAAACCUUCCUGGGCUAUGCGGACAAAAUCUACCAGUAUUUGCUUAAGGACCUUCGGCAUCCUUUGGGCGGCUUCUAUGCCGGUGAAGAUGCUGAUUCUUUGCCUACUCACGAAGAUACUGUGAAAGUAGAAGGAGCCUUCUACGCCUGGACAUGGGACGAGAUUCAGGCUGCCUUCAAGGGACAUGCCACGAGGUUUGGGGACAUGUCGCCCGAGCGAGCUUUUGAAAUUUAUGCCUACCAUUAUGGCUUGAAGCCGCCGGGAAAUGUGCCUGCGUACAGCGAUCCCCACGGCCACCUCACGGGCAAGAACAUACUUAUUGUGCGAGGAUCCGACGAGGAGACCUGCUCCAACUUCAACUUGCAGGCAGAGGAACUGGAAAAGCUGCUGGAUACAGCAAAUGACGUCUUGCACGUGUUGCGGGACAAGCGGCCGCGGCCGCAUCUGGACACCAAAAUUAUAUGCGCUUGGAAUGGCCUGGUGCUCUCGGGGCUCUCCAAGUUGGCCAACUGCGGUACGGCCAAGCGGGAGCAAUAUAUGCAAGCAGCAAAGGAACUCUUAGACUUCUUACGCAAGGAAAUGUACGAUCCGGAGCGCAAGCAACUCAUCCGUUCGUGCUACGGGGUGGCCGUUGGGGAUGCUAUUCUGGAGAAGAAUGAAUCCCAUAUAGAUGGGUUCCUGGACGACUAUGCCUUUCUCAUCAAGGGAUUGCUGGAUUAUUACAAGGCUUCCUUGGAUCUCAGCGCAUUGCGUUGGGCCAAGGAGCUGCAGGAGACGCAGGACAAACUGUUUUGGGACGACCUAAACGGAGCCUAUUUCUUUUCGCAGCAAAAUGCACCCAAUGUGAUUGUGCGUUUAAAGGAAGACCACGAUGGAGCGGAGCCUUGCGGCAACAGCGUCUCCGCCCGUAAUCUCACCCUGCUGUCGCACUAUUACGACGAGGAGGCAUAUCUUGAGCGGGCUGGAAAGUUGUUGAACUUCUUUGCUGAUGUCUCUCCUUUCGGACAUGCACUGCCGGAAAUGCUGUCUGCCCUGCUGCUCUACGAGAACGGACUCGAUCUGGUGGCCGUGGUGGGACCUGAUUCCCCGGACACUGAGCGCUUCGUGGAGAUUUGCCGUAAGUUCUACAUACCGGGCAUGAUAAUCCUGCACGUGGAUCCCCUGCAUCCAGACGAGGCCUGCAACCAGCGGGUGCAAAAGAAAUUCAAGAUGGUCAAUGGAAAGACAACAGUAUACAUUUGCCACGACCGUGUCUGCCGCAUGCCAGUCACCGAUCCUGCUCAGCUGGAGGAAAACCUGAUGGCAAACUUCUUCACAGAGCGUGUGUAAGCUCUGGUAAUUAUUCGAAUUAGGCUUAAGGCAUUCUACAAAUUAUUAACUGUUAUUGUUUGGGCUUCCAAAGCAUAGAUCAGUUCUCGGAACUAGUUGUAAAUAGUCGUUAAUAAAGACAGAAGGACAUAAACCCCU